AUGCGUGUGGUACUGAGAGCUUUUAUGUUUGUACUGGCUACGACUAUUCUGUCGUUUAUGCAAAUGACCCGUGAAGCGGGCAUAAUUGGGCGAAUGUUAUCGAAUAUUGAUGUGUGCCCAUUGAGUUUUGGCUCGAACCAGGAUUUAAAUUUCUCCGGGCAUCUGAAGCCCACACCGGCACCUAGUUUUAUGUCUUCCCUUUUUGGGACAACUCCUAUGCCGUGCGUAGAGAGCCAAAACUUCACUAAGAAUGUGUUCAAAGAGCUAAUGGAGAAGAAUCUGUUGGAUUCUAAUGCUAAAGCUUUAUGUGUUGGGGAGGGAUCUGCCUCCACAGUAUUGGCAUUGCGGGAGUUAGGAAUUUCCAAUGCCUUGGGUGUAGAUAGACAUCCAUUCUUCUCCCUUAUGCAGAGAAGAUUCGUUUAUGAGCUCAACUUCGAGAAUAAUCAUUUUGAUUUUGUGUUCUCGACAGAUCUUGACAGGGUUUCUGUACCGUCUCUUCUUGUUCUGGAGAUUGAGCGUGUUUUACGUUCUGGUGGGAUUGGUGCUAUUCUUGUGGGAGGACGUAAUUUCCACUCGGGUAGCUUGGUAAGGUUGGCCACACCGGUCGUAUCAUUCCUGAAGAGUUCUGAUGUUAUUUAUGUAUGUGGUGUUGGAUCCUCAUCGCUGGUGGUGUUUAAGAAGAGAGACGAAAAUGUUUCUGCGUUUGAGCAUUUCCAGCUUCCAGAUAAGUGCCCUUCAGUUACGGAAAACAAAGCGUUUAUGAAGUUUAUGGAGCCUCUUGCGGAUGGAAAGUCAGGGCAAUUUGAGCUGGAGCCUGCAUAUCUGGCUAAAUUCAUGAACAUUUCCUCAAGGAACAAAUUAGUGUACAUCAACAUUGGUGCAGGGGAGUUUGCAAAAGAAAGUGUCGCAAAAAUGUCCAAAAACUAUUGUUCUAAUCACCAUGCAUGCUUCGAUGUUUUUGUUAUUGAUCAUAGAACAUCUGUCCUCUCCUCAUGUGUGACAGGUCCCGGUAUCAACUUUAUCUAUCAUCCCAUCCUUUCCGGAAAGAAUGCUGCUCGUGAAAUCAACCCUGAUGAAUAUUUUAGUGCACCACCAGAUGAAGGCGGGUUUGACUUUAUUCACUGGUUCAAUGAAACAGUUGCUGAUGGAGAUUUCGUGGUCCUUGCGAUGAAUGCAAAGCCGGUAGAGCUCAAUAUUCUUGUUGAAUUAUUUAAAAGUGGAGCAAUAUGCCGUGUCGACGAACUCUUCCUUAGUGGUUGGGUGAUUAAGCCUCGACCAAAAUGUGUCUGUCGUUUGAUUUCGUGUGAAGAAUAA